AUGGUAUUAUAUUUUGAAAAUAAAAAUGAAUUCAAUUUCGAUUUUGAAACAACAAGUUUAGCUCAUUUAAAUAGAUAUCCUAAUCCAUAUGCAAAACAUGUAUUAUCUGUAGAUACUUUGGAUUCACAUAUCGAUACAAGAGGUCAGUUAAAUAUAACAAGAGUAAUUGUCAAAACUGGCAGAUUACCAAAUUUUAUUAAACCCUUCUUAGGUUCAACAAAUUUAAAUUCUUGGAUAAUUGAAAAAUUAAUCAUAAACCCUAAUACAAAAACAAUGAAAUCAUAUACUUCAAAUAUAGAUCAUAGAAGAUUUAUUCGAGUUGAAGAAUUUUUAAAUUUUAAACAAGAUAAUCAACUACCUAAUUUAGUUGAAUUAAAUGCAAAAGUUAAAUUUUCAUCAAAUUUAAUUGGUUUAAAGUCGAAAAUUGAAGAAUGGAGUCACAAGAGAUUCAGCAAAAAUAUUAAUAAUUCAAGAGAUGGUUUAACUUAUGUUAUGAAUAAGAUGAAGGAAAAAGGUAAAAAUUAUUUUAUUAACAAAUCAAUCCAGGUUUGA